ACCCUCCCCACAGCAUCAAAGUUUGAACAGUGUGCAGAAGCCACUCCUCUUAUCGAUCUCACCCUCCGCCUUUUUUAACUGAUCAUGUCAAACACUGACAAUACCCGGCAACGGAACAGACCCAUCCUUCGCUUCCGAGACAAGGCCUAUUUGUCAGGAAGUAAGCGCGACUGUGAUGGACAUUUUGCCCUACUUGGAUUAUAUUACUAGUACCCUAUCGAGUCCCCACCCAUCUAGCUGAGAGAGAGAGCACGUCUCACCUCGUUUGUUGCGCCAUAGUCCAGUUGUGACUUUCAACAAUCGCCUUUAAAACAAUGGCAGUCGCCGUGAUCAUACAGCUAGAUGCGAAUUUAUUUCCCAGGACGGAAGCCCCGCGGGCAGCCCUGGAUGAGAAAGUCCAGGGAGCCGUUCGAGCUCUCCAAGAAGUAACUCCUCGCCCCGACUUCAUUCUUGGCUCACAACAACAAGAUCAAACCGCCAUUCAAAUCACAUAUGAGCUUCCUAUCCUUCCACACGGGGUUGGAAAUGAGCCUGACCUGGAAUCCAGCCCUUUUCUGCAAAGUGUCCGCAGCCUCUGCGGCGAGCCACGCAAUGUUUUCCACGUAGCCCUAGAUCGGCCGGUGUUCGGGCCGGAUGGGCCUGCUCUGGCGAACGUGGUGGAGUUUGUCCUGUCUUAUUUCCCGGUCUCUCGGAUCACGCCAGACUUCCAGACCCGAGUACAGGAUGACUUCCUCAGGUUUGAUGAGAUAUUCAGUCCCGCCGCCAUAGGGAGCCGGGGUUGGGCAUCCGGUUGGCUGCUGGAAGAUCAAAGCCACGAAAGUCUUAACGGGGAGAUGGCCAAGUGCUUUUUCAUCAUGAGGGGAUGGGAUAGUAUGGACCGUUUCCAGAGAUCACUCCAGAGCGAUGCCUACCAGAAGGCUAUACCGUUGCUACUGGCAUGGAACGCGCCAUGGACGAUGUGGCAUGUUGAGCGCCGGUCUUGAAGGCCCUAUAGUUGAUCAAUUACUACCAAUGCUCUCUAACUACACAGAUCUGACUCGAAUUCCCAAAGGCCGACACGGGCAUAUAUUUUAUUAUCAAGCUCCACCAGGAGAAUAGAGAACGCGACGGAUGUUGAUCGCUAAAUUGGCCUUUCCAUACUUUCC